CCCUGGCUGCGGGGGCGGGCGGUGCUGCUCGGCUCCGCUCGGCGCUACCGCACUGCACGGCGGGGCGGGCGCUGUUGCUGCUGCCGCCGGCGCUUGGCGGGGCCUGCGGCUGCUCAGCCCCGGCGGCACGAGGAGGAGCGGGAGGAGAGCGCCGGAGACAGAGAGGCAGGCGUCGGACCCCGCGGCGGCGCUGCCGCGAUCGCCCCGCUCGGCUCCCCCAUGGCCGCGGGCUGCAGGGACGGCCCGGGGCAGGAGAAGUACCGGCUGGUGGUGGUGGGCGGCGGCGGCGUGGGCAAGUCGGCUCUCACCAUCCAGUUCAUCCAGUCCUACUUUGUUACGGAUUAUGACCCAACCAUUGAGGACUCCUACACCAAGCAAUGCGUGAUCGACGACAGAGCCGCGCGCUUGGACAUUCUGGAUACAGCAGGACAAGAAGAAUUUGGAGCCAUGCGUGAGCAGUACAUGAGGACAGGGGAAGGUUUUCUGCUUGUUUUCUCAGUCACAGAUAGAGGAAGCUUUGAAGAAAUCUAUAAGUUUCAGCGACAGAUUCUUAGAGUGAAAGAUCGCGAUGAGUUUCCAAUGAUUCUUGUUGGUAAUAAAGCAGAUCUGGACCACCAAAGACAGGUGACACUCGAGGAAGGCCAGCAGCUGGCACGGCAACUUAAAGUAAUGUACAUGGAAGCCUCAGCAAAAAUCAGAAUGAAUGUAGACCAAGCUUUUCAUGAACUUGUCAGAGUUAUAAGGAAAUUUCAGGAACAAGAGUGCCCUCCUUCACCAGAGCCAACACGGAAAGAAAAAGACAAGAAAGGCUGCCAUUGUGUUAUUUUCUGAGAAUCCCAAGAACCAAGCUAUCAACUGCCAGAUCAUUUUUUUCUUUCCAUCAUUUUACAUCACUUCUGGUAUUGGUCUAGCCUUAUAUGUGCAUGUCCUAAAAGUGGUCACCAGAAUAGCCUUAGUCCAAGAAGCUGGCAGAAUAGUUCUUGAAGAAGACUCGGUCAUCCUGGGGCAGACUUCAAACCAAAACACUAAGGCUGCUUCUCUAAUACCACAGUUCCUUCCUUCUGUCCCUUCAGAGCUUGCACCUUGUGGAGUUUUAUUCGCAAAGGAGAUGAAACAAAACCGUGUAGGACGAGGUGUUGAAGUCAUGCAUAAGUUGUCUCUUGUGAAUUAAUUUAUUUUUACUUCUGACAUUUCAUUAGCUAUUACAGAGACCUAUAUUGGGGUAUAGAGAAUACUUUUUAAAAAAGGGGUGGAUUGGCUUUUUUUUGUUCGUUUGUUUCUGCCCUCAGUUAAAUUAGACUUGAGUAUUCAGCUAGCCUUAAGAAACCUACACUGAAUUUCAUUGUCAGCAAAAAUUUUCAUCUCUCAUUUAUGCUGCAGUUUUAUUUCGGUGGCCAAAAACAUUCUACUGUAUUUAUUUUUUGAAUCCAGAACAGCUACAGGAUGAUUACUACUACUAUUAGGAUAUGGCCAAAUACCUGAGCUCAUUCUGGAUUGAGGCAUUUCAGCUUAUUAAGAAAUUUCACAUUAUGUUUGAAAACAAAUUGUGUCUUCCUUUGUAUUUCUGGGUAAGGGAUUAAGGAAAACUAAAAUUGUAGCUGUUUUUGUUUCAUGUGAUAUAAAAAUGAAUUUGAUCUUUCCAUUGUCAGAGAUGAUUAAAUGUUUUUGCUAUAUACUUUUAUACAUUAUUUUCUUAUCAAACUAGUUAACAAGUAUUUUUAUAUGUUUGUAAGCAAAUAUGCUUUCACAGCAUAACUUGUGUAUAUGUAAAGAUGAGUAUUUAAUUCUCACAGUUCACUUUUAACUGACAAAAUGUGGGAUUUGCCAAACUGUGGUAAAUUUCUCCUUACUCUCCCGGUUAUACCCAAGAAUGGCCAAUUAUGUGCCUGCCCAGCACACCUAUAGAGUAAAAUCUAGUGUUGUGUUUUAAUGAAUUUCAGUAUCCCUUACUAAAGACUGACCAUUAUGUGAAUUAUUAAACUGUAAGACUUUUAACUGAUUGUUUAGUUAAACUGUGGAUGGUUGUUUAAUUUUGAGUUCUGUGGAUUGUGUUUAAACAAUUCAAGAGUAUGGUCCCUGAUAUUGAAAUACUGAGUGGUAUUGCACAGUUGUCACCUUAACUGAAUGUGUCCAACAGUUCUUUGAGACUUGAUUAUUAAGCAAACCCUUGUAUAACUUCAGGUGCUAGAAUUAAAGAUGAUCUAACCAUU